AUGUCACAGCUACAAGACCUGAAAGAUAUGAAGACUCCUGAAGCGCGAUCGCCAAGCGAGGCGAAUAGCGACGAAGGUUAUGGAGAAGUCAUUGCUGUGCAAAACAAUGCUGGCUUCCAUCGAAAAUUCACCGCAAGGCAGAUUCAUGUCAUUUCUCUUGGAGGCCAAAUCGGAGCCGGGCUCUUCAUUUCGUCUGGCAAAAAUUUGCGGGAUGGAGGCCCUGGGUCUCUUUUCUUGGGGUUUCUGAUUGUAUGUUCCUGUGUGUGGGCUGUCCUCCAAACCGUCAGUGAGAUGACAAUUGCCUUCCCUACCUCUGGAAACUUCAUUGAUUAUGCCGAUCGCUUUGUCGACCCUGCCGUCGCCUUUGCUGCUGGGCUUGCCAUGUGGCUUGGUUGGACUGCUGUCCUCGCAUCCGAGGCCGUCUUUUUCUCCACGAUAGUCAAUUAUUGGGCAAAGGACUCAGUCCCAGAAGCAGUGUGGCUGACGAUAUUCCUGAUUGUUAUGUUUGCCAUUUUUAGUCUUCCAAACACAGUCUUUGGAUGGUUCGAAUACUUCACUUCCAUCAUGAAGAUCCUGGUUCUUAUCAUAUUCAUCAUCACUGGGAUUGCUCUCAUCUUUGGAGCGGGCCCGCAUGGCACCAUGCACCACGGCGAGACAUGGCGUAAUGGAGAUGCUUUUCUCAACGGGUUCAAAGGCUUCGGGAACAGUGUUUUAUUGGCAAUCCUGGCAAUUGGAGACAACACCUUUACUGGAUUUCUGGCCGGCGAGGCGAAGAGUCCCCGAUUCUCAGUCGGCCAUGCAGUCUUUCUCAUCCCUAUCCGUGUCUGUGUUUUCUAUCUGACUUCCAUGGUGUUGGUCGGACUUUUAGUUUCGCCCUCCAACGAUAACUUGUUCGGUACCAGCGGCGUUGCUUCGUCCCCAUUUGUCAUCGCAAUUAACGAUGCUGGAAUCAAAGGCCUUCCUGACCUUCUGAAUGUGAUUAUUCUCUUUGCAGUAUCCGCCAUCGCUGCAGAAAGCUUCUUCGUGGCUUCCAGAAUUCUGCAGUCAUUGGCCCAUCAAGGUCUUAUCUCCGCAUACGUCUCCAAGGUGGACUCACGCGGACGCCCCCCGGAGGGGACGAUUGUUUUCAACUGGUUGGCGCAGAUUGCUAGCACAGGCUACUUCAUGGUUUGGUUUGUCAUUGCAAUCACUUCCUUCCAUUUCCGCGCAGCUCUCAAAGCCCAGAACGAUCCGCUGUUCGAGCAAAUCCAUGCCUGGAAGUGCAGUAUCUGGCCAGUUCCACCCAUUUGGUUAUUGACCUGCUGUUGCUUCUACAUUGCAUGCUCAUUAUAUCUUGCUUUGUACCCGAUUGGCUCCGAUACACCCACCGCCUACUAUUUCUUCCAAUAUAUGUUCGGUCUCAUACUGAUUCUUUUCAGUGCACUGGCAUACAAGCUUAUAUUCCGCACCAAGUAUCGUGACCCUAAGACAGUUGACUUGCAGACGGGUCGCAGGCCGCUCGGAAUAGAAGAGAUCAAGCAGCUGGAUGACUAUGAGGUUAUGCCUUGGUGGAGAAAGUUUGUCUCAUUUAUCCAACUCUGGUAG